AUGAGCUUCCUGAGCCGCCAGCAGCCGCCGCCGCCCCUCCGCGCCGGGGCCUCGUGCACCUUGCGGCAGAAGCUGAUCUUCUCGCCCAGCAGCGACUGUGAGGAGGAGGAGGAGGAAGAGGAGGAGGAAGGCAGCGGCCACAGCACCGGGGAGGACUCGGCCUUUCAGGAGCCUGACUCGCCGCUACCGCCCGCGCGGAGCCCCACAGAGCCCGGGCCCGAGCGCCGCCGCUCACCCGGCCCGGCCCCCGGCAGCCCCGGAGAGCUGGAGGAGGACAUGCUGCUGCGGGGCGCCUGCCCGGGCGCGAACGCGGCGGGCGGCGGGGCCGAGGGCGACUCGUGGGAGGAAGAGGGCUUCGGCUCCUCGUCGCCGGUCAAGUCGCCUGCGGCCGCUUACUUUCUGGGCAGCUCGUUCUCGCCUGUGCGCUGCGGCGGCCCGGGGGAUGCGUCCCCGCGGGGCUGCGGGGCGCGCGGGGCUGGCGAGGGCCCCUGCUCGCCGCUGCCCGACCACCCGGGCACCCCGCCCCACAAGACCUUCCGCAAGCUGCGGCUCUUCGACACGCCGCACACCCCCAAGAGUUUGCUCUCCAAAGCUCGAGGAAUCGAUUCCAGUUCUGUUAAACUCCGAGGUGGUUCUCUAUUCAUGGAUACAGAAAAGUCAGGAAAAAGGGAAUUUGACAUACGACAGACUCCUCAAGUGAAUAUUAAUCCUUUUACUCCGGAUUCUGUGUUACUUCAUUCCUCAGGACAGUGUCGUAGAAGAAAGAGAACAUACUGGAAUGAUUCCUGUGGUGAAGACAUGGAAGCCAGUGAUUAUGAGUUUGAAGAUGAAACAAGACCUGCUAAAAGAAUUACAAUUACUGAAAGCAAUAUGAAGUCACGGUAUACAACAGAAUUUCAUGAGCUAGAGAAGAUUGGCUCUGGAGAAUUUGGUUCUGUGUUUAAAUGUGUGAAGAGGCUGGAUGGAUGCAUUUAUGCCAUAAAGCGAUCAAAAAAGCCAUUGGCUGGCUCUGUUGAUGAGCAGAACGCUUUGAGAGAAGUAUAUGCUCAUGCAGUGCUUGGACAACAUUCUCAUGUAGUUCGAUAUUUCUCUGCAUGGGCAGAAGAUGACCAUAUGCUUAUACAGAAUGAAUAUUGUAACGGUGGAAGUUUAGCUGAUGCCAUAAGUGAAAACUACAGAAGCAUGAGUUACUUUACAGAAGCAGAGUUGAAGGAUCUCCUUUUGCAAGUUGGCCGGGGCUUGAGGUAUAUUCAUUCAAUGUCUUUGGUUCACAUGGAUAUAAAGCCUAGUAAUAUUUUCAUAUCUCGAACUUCAAUCCCAAAUGCUGCCUCUGAAGAAGGAGAUGAAGAUGACUGGGUGUCCAACAAAGUUAUGUUUAAAAUAGGUGACCUUGGGCAUGUAACAAGAAUCUCUAGUCCACAAGUUGAAGAGGGUGAUAGCCGUUUUCUUGCAAAUGAAGUUUUGCAGGAGAACUAUACUCAUCUACCAAAGGCGGAUAUCUUUGCCCUUGCCCUCACAGUGGUAUGUGCUGCUGGUGCUGAGCCUCUUCCCAGAAAUGGAGACCAAUGGCAUGAAAUCAGAGAGGGUAGAUUACCUCGGAUUCCACAAGUGCUUUCCCAAGAAUUUACAGAGUUGCUAAAAGUUAUGAUUCAUCCAGAUCCAGAGAGAAGACCUUCAGCAAUGGCACUGGUAAAGCAUUCAGUAUUGCUCUCUGCUUCUAGGAAGAGUGCAGAACAAUUACGAAUAGAACUGAAUGCUGAAAAGUUCAAAAAUUCACUUUUGCAGAAAGAACUCAAGAAAGCCCAGAUGGCAAAAGCUGCGGCUGAGGAAAGAGCACUCUUCACUGACCGGAUGGCCACAAGGUCCACCACCCAGAGUAAUAGAACAUCUCGACUUAUUGGAAAGAAAACCGCAGCCCAGCAGGAGAAAGGAACGUUUCGCCCCCUGCAGGCUGACAUUACCGCGCAGGACCUGAGCAGCCUGGGUCAGGGCCGCAGGGACGCUCGCCCACUGGGCCCAUGGCCCGCGGCUCUGGCCGUCUGCGCGGAAUUCCGCGGCACCCAGGCGCUGCGCCCGGAUAGCUUCUGGGCGCUGACUUUCCAGCUCACUCAGAAGCUGCUCGCUGGCCGGAGCCCGACAGCUGCCUCCACGCCGCGGCGCCCGGUGCGCCCCUCGGGCCGGAAGGCGGCGCACUCUCGGGUCGGGCCAGGCCUCCAGGCGCGCCCAGGAGGGGGAGCUCGCGGGCAGGACAUUCCGCCGCUCGCCGCAGCAGUGACGGCCGCCUACGCCCGGGCCCCGCGGGGCUCUAACCAGGAACCCUAUGAGUUCAACACUGAAGGCGUCAGUGUGGUCUACUCGCCCCCAAACACAAUGUCUCUAAUUCAGCCUCUGGAUCAAGGGGUCAUAAGGACCCUUAAGGCUCAUUACACACGGUACUGUAUGGAAAGGAUUGUCAACUCUAUGGAAGAGGACCCUGCUAGAGAAAACAUCAUGACAGUCUGGAAAUGUUAUACCAUUGAAGUUGCCAUCAUUGUUAUAGAAAAAGCUGGGAAAGCCGUCAGUCCCCAAACAAUAAAUUCCUGCUAA